UGUAGAAGAGUUUUAAAGGGCUCACACCUGUUUUCUUCGAGAAGUGCCCAGCGGCCAGCGACAACUGUGUGCCUUAGGACUCGUAAAAAUAUUAAAAUAAGUACCAUCUGAACUUUAAAAGAAAGCAUUGAUGCUCUUCCUUUUGGGAACCACCGACGAAAUAGAGAGCCCCAGUGAGUGCUUGAGUACACCUUACUGAAUUACCAAUAUUUGAUACCAAAAACACCCACCCACCCACCCACCCACCCACGCACUCACUCUCUCUCUAUCUAUGUGUAUACUCUUUCCUUUGAAUCGGAGAGUCUGCAUCAAUAAAUCGUCGAAGAAGAAGAUGAAAUUGUCAAAUGGGUAAUACUAUGUAUAAGUGGCUGAAACGUACUCUUACUUAUCCUUCUCCUUCAACCAAUAGGGUCGAUGGCAGCAGAGAAAGAUCCGUGGGAAGCAGCAGGAAUUUGAGUUUGAGUAGUGAACCAAUUUCCACACCCAUAACAAGAAGCAGUAUGUCUGCAGAAGAAGAAAAACCUAAGAAUCCUUCCUUUACCUUGCCUUUACAACCUUCCAAUCCCCCACAAGCUUCUAAUAUUCCUUCGUCUUCUUCGGAAACCGGUAAGAAGAAAAACAAGUACCACUACAUCCCGGACAAUUUCAGCACUCUCGAUCAGGUUACUGCGGCCUUGAGAGAGUCAGGAUUAGAGUCGUCAAAUCUUAUUCUUGGAAUAGAUUUCACUAAAAGUAACGAAUGGACAGGCAAAGUUUCAUUCAACAAUAGGAGCCUGCAUGCCAUUGGUGAUACACCUAAUCCAUACGAGAAAGCCAUAUCUAUUAUUGGGAAAACUUUGGCUCCUUUCGAUGAAGACAACUUAAUUCCUUGUUUUGGGUUUGGUGAUGCGACUACCCAUGAUCAAGAAGUCUUUAGCUUUCACAAUGAUCAUUCACCUUGUCAUGGCUUUGAAGAAGUUUUAGCUUGCUAUAGGAAGAUAGUUCCAAACUUGCAACUGUCAGGGCCAACAUCUUACGGACCGGUAGUAGAGGCUGCAAUAGACAUAGUGGAGAAAAGUGGUGGGCAGUACCAUGUUUUGGUUCUCAUAGCAGAUGGACAGGUUACAAGAAGCGUCAAUACAAGCGAUCGUGAACUCAGCCCACAAGAGGAGCAAACAAUUAAAGCAGUUGUCAAUGCAAGUUUUCAUCCUCUCUCAAUUGUUCUUAUUGGUGUUGGAGAUGGACCCUGGGAAGACAUGAGGAAGUUUGAUGACAAGAUCCCUUCUCGUGAUUUUGAUAAUUUUCAGUUUGUUAACUUUACAGACAUUAUGUCUAAAAGUUCAACUCCCGCUGAAAAAGAAGCUGCAUUUGCUCUUGCUGCCCUCAUGGAGAUCCCCAUCCAAUAUAAAGCAGCCGUUGAACUUGGUAUACUAGGACGCACAACGGGGAAAGCAAGAAAAAUAGUUCCACGCCCUCCUCCAGUUCCGUACAGUCGGCUUGCAGCACCUCCAUCCUGGCAGCCAAGCAACCCUUCAGCGCCUUCGUCAGAUGACCGAAGCCAGGUCUGCCCAAUUUGCCUGACAAACUCCAAGGAUUUGGCCUUUCAAUGUGGACACCUGACUUGUAGAGAUUGUGGUUCAAGAUUGUCCAACUGCCCCAUAUGCCGCCAACGGAUCAGCAAUCGUCUCAGGGUGUAUACGGGGUGAUUGAAGCUGGAGAACCAGACAUAAUUACCGACUUUUGUGCAAGUGUCUCAGCAUAAUGAUCUGCUUUCAGUCACUUACGGCUGAACAUGGAACAUGUGAAUGUGCACAAGUUAAAAUGUGGCUUACCUUGUACAGUAUUUGUCCAUGUUGUAUGUUCUCUUAGUUCUUAGCUGAAUUUAUAUUUUCGGUUUUCCAUGAAAAAUCCAGUGGUUGUGAUUUCACGGUCGUGUACUUCAAGAAAUUAUUGAAAUUAUUGCCUGUGAUUGUCACCCUUGUGAGAGCAACCUUAGUUUCUCUGUUUCACGUGAGUAAAAUGUUGGAUUCUGUCA